AUGACUAAGCACAGUACCGCUGACGCCACAGUCGACAAAACCAACACUAUGCCUGACAGCAAGACUAAAGAGGCGCCCAUGCAAGACAACGAGCAGGAACAACUUGCGAAGAUCGCAGCCAAGGCCCGCUCACCGACGAGGAAUACCUUCAACUCAGGGCCGACGAAGAGCUUUAGGACGCCAAGAAAAUUGCCUUCCUCGGCCAACACAUCAAGUGAAUUCUCAAAGAACCAAAGCCCCACAAUCCGGCAUUGCUGCGCGAGGAAAGGGUUUGCCGAAGAUUCCAAAGUCGGCGAACUCAAGGAGGACGCCACGAUACAGGUUUUAAAAGACCUUGCCAGCAGUGCCGACCCAGUUAGCGACCUGAGUGCCCUCGAGGUUGAUGAUCAACACCGCUUAAUUUUUCUACUGCACAAAGCUUUCAAGCAGCUCCGAGACGUCGAGUGGGGCCACGAUGCUCUCACGGAGAGAUUAUACUAUCAUUCGUCCCAUGCCGACAAGGGGCUCCUCCUCCUUGGCGAUGAUAAAGACGACCAUGAGAAAGAGGAUGAGGAGGACGAACCCGGCCCUCGACGUCCUCAAAAGCGACGGCUAAGAACUCAGGUGGAGCUUCGAGAAAGAGUGGGAGUACCGCCAACGAGAAGACGACGGCGCCUACUCCGGGCCAUGGAUAUCAGCCAGCGGCUGGAGAUAGGCGCCGCUUUUUGA